CCUAUGAACGCCUAUUUGCACAGGCUGAUUCCCAAAUCACGUGUUUACCUGCCAGGUAACAGGUGAAUCUCCAAGAAAUAGCACAACCGACUACUUGAGUUAGCCAGUGCCAGCGCAGUCUGAUAAUUGACCGUACUUACCACCUCUAUGUACGGCUGUCGUGCAGACACGUCAGGCCCAGUCCGUCCGGCGGGGCUGGAGUGUGUCCACGUGGAAGCGGGUCCACGUGGAAGCGGGUCAUCACAUCAGCACUGGAGGGGACACAGGAAAGCAGAUGGCAGGCAGCCUUAUUUUGCUGUUGGCCUGGACGAAAAGCAGCUGGACGUCCUUGGGGAGCGGGUAGAGAAGAAGUCCCUGUCACUUUUGGAAAGAGUGAAGGCACAGUGUUGGUGCUCUGGUCCAAGAUUGAAGAGCUUACUGCUUGGCUAUUUUCCCAUCCUGUCAUGGCUUCCUGGCUACUCCAUCAGAGAAAAUGCCGUUGGAGAUCUGGUGUCUGGAAUCAGUGUUGGGGUCAUGCAUCUUCCACAGGGUAUGGCCAAUGCCAUGCUUGUGGGAGUUCCUCCAGUGUUUGGUCUCUACACCUCCCUCUAUCCCCUGAUCAUCUACUUCAUCUUUGGCACUUCCCGACAUCUCUCCAUGGGUAGUUUUGCUUUACUUGCCAUUAUGAUUGGGUCUGUGACAGCCAACGUGGAGUUGCAUAGCAAUGAUGAUGAAGACAGAAGGACUGAUGUGGAAGCAACCAAAAUCAACAUGGCUGUACAACUCACCUUCAUCUGUGGCCUCAUACAACUCCUGCUGUACCUGCUGCGUGGAGGCGGUGUGUGUCGCUGGUUGUCUGAUUCUGUAAUCAGAGGAUACACCACAGCAGCAGCUCUGCACGUGAUCGUCCUGCAGCUGCCGCUGAUGACUGGAAUAGCUGCCCAGAGAUACACUGGACUGCUGGCUUCAGCCUGGACACUGAAGGAUGUUCUCCUUGGAGUGACCACUGCUGUACCUGGAAUCCUGUCAGUCUCUGUGGUUUCCAUGGUGAUACUCUUCGGAGGCAAGAUGCUGAACGAGCGUUUUAAGAACAAGAUGCCUGUCGCCGUACCAUGGGAACUUAUACUGAUUGUCCUGGGCACCAUCCUGUCCGUGCAGAUGGAUCUGGUUGGACAGCACAGAGUCCAGGUGGUGGGACACAUACCCAGUGGCCUGACUCCUCCAGUUCUUCCGUCUCUCUCUCAGGUCAGAGAGCUGUUUAUUCCAGCUCUGUGUGUGGCUUUGGUCGGCUUCAGUUUCCUCUCAACGAUGGGUUCAGUGUUCGCCUGCAAACAUGACUACCGUGUGGACCCCAGUCAGGACCUGCUGGCUCUGGGUCUGUGUAACACCUUAGGAGCUAUGUUCCAGUGCUUUGCUGUUAGCUGCUCCUUCUCUCGCAGCAUGGUCCAGGAUAGUAUUGGUGUCAAAUCACAGAUGGCAGGUUUGAUAUCAGCUUUGGUGAUUUUAACCAUUUUGCUGAAGAUUGGUCAACUGUUUGAGCAGCUGCCAAAGGCAGUGUUGGCAGUGAUCAUCACAGUGAACCUGCAGGGGAUGCUGGCUCAGUUCAGAGAUGUGUGUGUGCUCUGGAAGGCUGACAGGAUAGACUUGCUGGUUUGGACGGCUUCACUGAUCUUCACCCUGGUCUUUAACCUGGACCUGGGUCUGGCUGUUGCUGUUGUCUUCUCUCUGCUCACACUCAUCUACAGGACUCAAAACUCCUCCACUGUCGUUCUGGGCCAUAUUCCUGGUACAGACUGUUACAGAGAUGUCGAACUUUACACCCAGACACAGAAAGUUCCUGGCGUGACCAUACUCUCCUGUUCCAGUCCACUUUACUUUGCCAACUCUGAACUGGUCUUCACAGAGAUCAGAGAGGCAGUGAGUUGUGGUCGGGAGGAGAACCCAGCUGCAGCCCUCACUGCUAGUUUGUCCUCGUCUUCAAUUUCACCACAAACAUGGACAUACACUCAUUAUUUGGUGCUCGACCUCAGCUCUGUCAGUUUCAUGGACUCUGCAGCCAUGAAAUCACUUUUUAAGCUGAUUGAAGACUUGGAGGUCCAGGGUGUCAGUGUGUUUCUGGCAGCAUGUCCAGAUAAAGUUUCAUCUCAGCUCCAGUCUCAGGGUUGUAUACCAGAUGUCCUGCCUGGCUCUCGUAUCUUCCCAUCAGUCCAUCACGCUGUCCAACGCUGCCACAGUAUCCUGCCCACACAUUUAGAGGAAAUCAACAUAGAUACGAGUCAGUGUUGAAGCUACAUCUUGGAUGGUGCCUUAGGAUGUGAUUCACAGGAGAGCUAAGGGAUUCUGUUGUCAGAAAAGAGGAAUAAAAACAAACCAGAGUGUGAGUGUGAGGGUUUUGGGACAGUAUGAAAAUGCACUUCUGACUUAUUUUAUUGUAUUUAGAAAAAAAAAAACAUUUAUUAGAACUUUUAACAUUUUGUACAGUGUGCUGUCACUUUUCAAUAAAUAUGAUUUUUACCAACUAA